CAGAGCUGCAGCUGUGCACGUGUAUCCUGCAAGCAUCAAAUCUGCACGCAAUUAACCACCUGAGGGCAUUACGUCGCCGAGCAGAAAGAACGGCUCGUCGAACGGGGCAACUUACUCACAUUGUGGAAUACCGCCGGAUGGAAGCCACGAGGACCUAAGGGGGCCGUAAACAGGUGUACAAGCUCCGCCCUGCGCUCUAACUUUACGUCCUUUUGACGUGGCACUUUCCUCACCAAUUAUGAUCAAGGGUUCCAGGAUAAACCCUUACCUCCGAUAUCUGACCUUGCCUGCGAUGAGCCUUCGGUGCAGCACACCACUAGCUCUAUUUCUGAUAUUUCUUCGAACGCGUUGCAUUAUUGGAAGUGGCAUGUCGAACUUCACGACGGACGGUGUCAUUCCGGAUGUCAUCACUAGGGCCCCUGCGAGAGUUCUCAGAUAUAGCUACGAUGCUAGAGUGAUCAGCCUUGGAGAAAAGUUAUCCGUCCAGGAAACCUCAAGACAACCGCAAGUUGAUCUCAGUUGGACCUGUGCAUUGACUUCGCUUCUCAUGGUGGAUCCUGAUGCACCAAGCCGAGUAAACCCAACAGAGAGGUUCUGGCGCCACUGGUUCGUCGUCAAUAUACCUCCCAAAUGUGGUGUGCUGUCUGGUGACGUCAUCACCAGCUACGCAGGGCCCGAUCCUCCCAAGGGCACAGGGCACCAUCGUUACGUGUUCCUGGUCUACUCGCAGAACGCCUCGAUCGACAAGCAUGCGCUUAAUGCUACUCUGUCCCAGGAAAGGGGAAAAUUUAACCUCACAUUGAUCACAUCUCUACGUAACAUAUCCACAUUGGAAGCUGCCGCUUACUUUUUUGCGAGUAAUGGAGAUACUGGUUCGCCAUAGAUCCCUUCAUUUCAAUGGGAGCGAAAAAGGUGGCGGAACAGCGACGUAUGUUUCUACAGGAAGAAAUGCGUGUCAUUAUACAGGGUGUCCGGGCAAAUCAUGGACAGACUUUUAUAAAAUAGAGAAAUGCCUUCCUUUACUUAUAAUAAAUGGCGAUAUAUUCUA